GUCCAAUGAUAGACAAGGCUGCUGGGAAUCACAACUAGGAGCUAAGUCCGUCCACCUCCACUGCCAGUCCCUUCUCCUUCACAACCCACCAGCAACAAAUGGAUUUGGAGUCGGGAAUCAACGUACAGAUCUGACGAAGGAGUGUCAACCUUAGCGACCACUCGAUAUUCGCUUUUUACUCAUCUCCCUCUUCUAAAAUGUGGGACCGAAAUCAACAUUUCUAAAACGAUAUGCUUCUCUCUCUUCCCCCUCACCAAUCUCCUUCUCUCUCCCAAGAUGGAGGAAGGAGGGGGCGGCCUUCUUUGUUGGACACAGAUUAGAGAUUCAAAUUGAGUUAACAACUUUGAGAUAAUUAACUGAAUCGCUAUUCGUCGCCCUAAAAUUCAAAUUUUAUCGCCCUAAAAUGCAAUUGAUUUACAUAUUUACCCUUAACCUAAUUUCAAUUCUAACUCUCACCAAACAAUCCCUUCCCUCACCCCCAACUCAUAUUCGCCGCAUAAACCCAGAACCCCUGCUCCGCCUACACAGCUCCCGCCAUCUAUUCCCGCUGCUGCUACUCGACCGUCGGAGAAAGGAGGAAGAAGCAAGCCGGACGCUACCGUUGUCAUCGCUGUUAAACUGGACUUUUGUCUUACUUCUAGCCUCUGGGAUGUUAGCGGAUUGCCAGAAGCUUAAUGCGAGAGUUUUGAAGGUGGGAUUUGAUAGGGAAAUCGUCAUAUGUGAUAAGCUUAUUGAUGUUUUUUUCACUUCUGGGGAUUUAAUGGUCUCAUUUCAAUAAACAUACCAUCUGGGUAACGUGAUUGGUGGUUUCUACUUUCUAGGAACUUAUCAGUGACGCAAGGAGCAGCAAUGGGCCGGUUCCAGUUAUAAUUUUGUUUUGUUUUGUUUUUUUUUGUUUUCGGUAAUUCAUAACAAUGUUUUGGGUUUAAAUGUUUAAAAUAAUGAACUAAGUAUUUAAAAAAAAACUAGGACAUUAAAGUAAAAUUAAUUUAAUUAGGACGACGAAUAAGAAUUUUUAAGGCGACGAAUAGCAAUCCCCAUAAUUAAUUGUCUUUUUUUAAAAUUAUGAUCUACCAAAAAUACUACUUAACUUUUCAUCUUGUUGCAACUCGGUCCGUUCGAAAAAUGGUUUGAUAUUGCCUCGACUUUGUCCAUAUUCGAGUUUCUAGUAAACUGGGUUUGUGGCAUGUGAUAAAGAGUACAGGUCCGAUUGGAUCUGGUUUGACCGCUCGGGUCAAUAAUGGGUUGAAAAACUUAAGUAAGAGAGUCUAGAGGUCCAAGUUUAUAUAAAUGGAUGCAUAUUGACGUCCAAUAAGUUUUAAAGAAUGAGAGAGGGGAUUAUUUUCUCACCCAACUUAGUUAUGUUGGAUUUAAAAUCUAAAUCCAAAUGAAUUUUAUAGAUAUAGGAGAUGUCAUACCCAAAACUUUUUAGUUUGGUUGAGUUUUAACUUUUAACCCUUGAGUUUGGAUAUCUUACCUAUCGGGUGAACUAUACAUUUAAUUAAAAAUCCAACCCAACACAUGAAAAACGCAACUAGUUUGUAUAAUAAAAGAAAAGAUAAUAUAACUAAUUAAAUUUCAAGAAAAAUCAAAGGGAACAUCAUUAAAAUGUAUAGAAGUUGGUGUUGGAUCUUGAUGAGUGUAAUUUGAUUCAAAAUAUGUCUAGUAAUUUUUCAUAAAUAUUUACCGAAAUAAACUAAAGAGGUUUUUCAUUAUAAGGUAAUAAAUUCAUAAUAUAUUAUCUUCUAAAAUUGUACACAAGAAAAAAGAUAAUGUGAAACAUAACAUGUAUUAGUCUAUGUCUAAAUUUUCAGUUAAAUAAUGCAUUAGGUUAAUGAGAACAUAAGAGCAAAUAUAUGAAAAAAUAUCCGAACUUCCUCACAAAUAGGCUAUAUGACCCAAAAAUGUUUUCGUUACAAUCACUUAGGACAAUAGUUGUUGUAACAGAGGUUGGGUUAUGUAUCUAUAUGUGUUGCCUAAACCAAAAACUAGCACCAAACUCAAAAUAGUGGGGUUCCACAAAAGAAACCUCUCACCCAACAAAAAGUUUUAAUCUUAGCGGUAAAUACAGGUGAACUGAAUCAGGUUUGAUGAGUGGCUCGUCAGCUUACAAAUCAUUUUGUUCACCCCCUACCCGUGUUGGGUCAGCAAUGGAGUUUUCGGGUGUAGGAUGUACUUGGAAGUGCUCUCUAACUGCUAGUGAACCAAUGCUAUUCCAACCUCGGAGACAAAAUGUUGUGAUUUAAACUGUGGUCGAGCUUGCAAAUUCUUGUUCCUUUUGAUGGUUCGACUCAAUGUGGAUCACAUGGUGUUGUGGGAGUUGUGCUUUGUGAUUCCACGGGCCCAUAUGGGUAGCAGGAGAUCGAUGUUAUCAAGCUAUCUAUGAUCCUCUUACAAUACAACUGUUACCAUUACAUGAUGUUGUGUUAUGGUGACAGGGAAUGGGUUCGCUAGAUGUUAUGAUCCAAUGAGAUGCACAUAUAUAUAGUCCCCUUCUUGUUAGUCGAAGUUUGAACGAAGGAGCCAAUCAUUUUGCGACAAAGAAAGCUAUGACGUUCUAUAUAUCCUUCGGCAAUUGUUGGAUUUGAUUUUCAUCUCUGACCACGCUCAUUAUGCAAAAAAAAAAAAAAAAUGAUUUGUAUAUUUGUUAGUCCUCAUGGAAUACGAGUAUCUAUUGAAUUUCCAUCUCUCAAAAUCCCUCCGAAAAUUGAUAAAAACAUCGGUGACAUUAAUUUAUUAUUAACGUAAAGAAAAUGAGUAUAUUAUGAAAGUACAAAGAGGGAUGUAAGCAUAUAUCCCCAAGGCUUGGCACAGUAUAGAAAGACCAAGUUGGCAAAGCUAGGCGGUAAAAGAAUUGUGUACCAAACCUGGCAGAAAUGGAUGAAUUGAUGAUAUACUACUGUCACUUAGCAGUUAGCACUGCUCCAAGAACAAGAACCAAACUAACCUGGCAGCAUGAUGCCAACAAGAUAAACAAGUAUCGCAAAAAUUCUGUUGAGGGUCGAAUUAAUACGUAUAUAUAUGUUCGCUAAUUGCUAGCUUAAGCAGAUCCUCGAACAAUGUAAUGGACGGCCGCCAGCAUCCAACUCGACAAGAAAAUGGCACAUAGCUCAGCAAACCAGCCUCGGUUUAGAAGAAUCCUGCAGCGUCCAACUAAAAUAUAUAUAUGCUACUUACCGACCUUCAUCAAUAAAGCCAAUUAACAUGCCUAGUGAGAGACUGUAGGCUUUAUAUAUAUAUCUCUGGGGAAAAACCCAACAAUAAUUCAGAAUCGUCACUACUUCCCCUUGUUAAUUUGUGAAUGUGCAACUCUGCGCAACUUAUCUGCGUUCAUUCCGAUAUAUUGAGGAAAAUUUCGUUAGUGAUCAAAUGGGAUCAAAGGGUUCGUGCGGGGAUACGUGGGCUGAUCAGUGGGAUAGGAAUCAAGAGAACCACGGCGGCGGCGGCAACGGAUCAGACGCCGGAGGGAAAGGAAAGUACUCGAAGAAGAUGGAGGAAGGGCUUAACAAAACCAAAGAGGUCGCCAACACUGGGAUGAAGAAAGUGAAAGCCGGUGCUUCGAUUGGGAUGCUGUGGAUGAAGGACAAGUACCAGAAAACCACCAAGAAAAAUUGAAACUUGUUCUUCUUCAUUUAUUCAUCGAUCACUAUUUGCCUGCUGCAAAAAACAUUCCGUUCAUCAUAUCGUCUACUUAUUUCUAAUUUUGGGGGGUGAAACAAUACUAUAUUUUGUUGUUCUCGUGGUUUUGUCGUCUGAGUCCCACAUUGUUGAUAUGAAAUUACAUUGUUUCUUGUCCGAUAUAUAUACCAUGGUGGUUUAAUUUACUUGGUCGUGGAAAAAAAUGUUUGGGAAUUCCUACGGCGGUAGCUUGAUUUUUUACAAUUCGUUGUCUUGAAUUUUUCGACCAAUCGAAGGCAUUAAAAUAGUUACAAAUACAUAUGCUAACGAUAAUUUUUUCUUACAUAUAUAUAACAGUUGAAUUAGUCGUGUCACAUCAGAAUGAUAUGACGAUUUUCUUGUAACAUCUCGUUGUAGAACGUAGACACCAAAGAACCAAUGAUUAACCCUUGAAGUGGGCACUUCAGAAACAUGCAUAUAAACCUCUCCCGAUCGAGCAUCAUAGAGAGUCUCAUCGCUCUGGACAUAGAGAUCACACUGCCUUGAUCUCAAAAUUGUUGGCAGCAAUAGACGAUUGCAAGAUGAUUGAUUUAAUAUCGUCGACCUUUGGACUUACGUAGUACCACAUGAUAUAAUUCUAAGCUUCAGGCUCGUCAUUGGGUGGUGGUACUCUUUAAUUUGCUCGUCCCCUAUUUCACCAACCUAGCUAGGCUUCCUCGUGAGGGGAUCGCUGAUGUGUUGCUAACUCUAGAGCUCUUUGUCGAUCCCUUUCUCACUUAAGGGUGCGCAAGGUCCGGUUGAUAUUGUCGUGCGGAGGCAGCAAAUAACCCGGUUGGCUACGGGUAUUGCACUACCUACCACACACAAAAGUAAAACAACUGUGAAAAAAAAUAGGUGGGAAAAACAAAUAAACAUAAAAUUAAAGGUAAAGAUAAAAUAACAAUUGUAUUCCUUUCUUAAUAACCUAGAACUGCUCUCCGACAACGGCGCCAACUAGGGCUGAGAAAAUAGACCAGACCGUUAGAAAAACCGUGGUCCAAAUCGUACCGCACAGUUUGGUCUGGACCGUAGACCGUUAAGUAUGGUCUGGUCUGGUCCAUGUUCUGGUUUAUUUUAUGUUUUGAUCUCUUGGUCUGGUCUGGUCUAGACCGCGGUUUACCGGACCAAACCGUGGACCCAACCGACUUGUCAAUACGUGUUAAUAGCCCAUUCGAUCACUCUCCCAACUCACGCAACGACACCCAAAUCUCAACCUUAAUUUUGAGAAUCUCGUCCCUCCUUCGUUCACAACCACAUUUAACCAGAGAGUAGAGAUAAUUAUGUCUCCAUAUGACAUUAUGUUAAUGUUUAUAACGUUAUGAUGCAAAUUUGUAUGCUUUUACUUUGUAUUUUUGUUAUUUCUAAGAUUUAGGAUAUCAAAAUUAUUCAUGCAUGUUAGGAUUAAUGUUUUAAGGCAAAUAACAAUUAUUUUUCUUGGUUAUUGGUUCAAUUUUUUGUGUGGUUGACUAAACAAAUUAUUCAUUUUUCUUUGAGUGUGGUCUAUCUGGACCAGACCAAACCAGACCGCACAGGCAUGGUCUGGACCGGACCGUAUAGUCUGUGGUCUGGUCUAUGGUCUAUACUUCAGCCUCUUGGUCUGGACCAUAGACCGUAUAUAUGGUCUGGUCUGGACCAGACCGCACCGUUUCCCAGCCCUAGCGCCAACAACUUUACUCCCUAAAACUACAACUCCAAUCAAAGGCCAAGUGAAACCAGGACAGGAACGCAAUAUAGUGGUAGUAAGUUUUAAUUAUCAAUCCAUGUUCUCUAAAUGUACUACUGCUCGGUUUUAGUCUGUUAUCUAGCAAACAUAUUCGAUUGUCAGAAAUUAAGAAUUUAGAAAACAAUAAGAAAUUGAUUUGAGUUUC